UGCCGUUCCCAGCAGCCGGAAGCGCCGUGGGGAGCAGUAAACAACCGCCUGGAGAGGCCGCGCCGCUUCCAUCUUUGCGGAGCCGGAGCGGGAGCCGGAGCUCGAGUCCCGCCGCCGAUAUGGGCGGCGUUCUGGGCCUCUGCUCCAUGGCGAGCUGGAUACCCUGCUUGUGUGGAAGUGCCCCGUGCCUGCUCUGCCGGUGCUGCCCCAGUGGAAACAACUCCACCAUAACUCGGCUGAUCUACGCCUUCUUCUUACUACUUGGUGUGAGCGUUGCCUGUGUGAUGUUAAUACCAGGCAUGGAAGAGCAGCUGAAGAAGAUUCCUGGAUUUUGUGACGGAGGGAUGGGAACAAGUAUUCCUGGUGUGCACGGACGCGUGAAUUGCGACGUACUGGUUGGUUACAAAGCCGUGUAUCGCGUGUGCUUUGGCAUGGCCAUGUUCUUCCUUCUCUUCUCCUUACUGAUGAUCAAAGUGAAAAGCAGCAACGACCCCAGAGCAGCAGUGCACAAUGGAUUUUGGUUCUUUAAAUUUGCAACAGCGCUUGCAAUUAGUGUUGGAGCUUUCUUCAUACCAGAGGGACCGUUUACAACUGUGUGGUUUUAUGUAGGUAUGGCUGGAGCAUUCUGCUUUAUUCUUAUUCAGCUGGUCCUGCUUAUUGACUUUGCCCACUCUUGGAAUGAAUCUUGGGUUGAAAAAAUGGAGGAAGGAAACUCAAGAUGCUGGUAUGCAGCUCUGCUGUCCGCUACAGCUGUCAACUAUCUGCUCUCUCUAGUGGCUAUUGUCUUGUUUUAUGUUUAUUACACCCACCCAGAAGGUUGUUCUGAAAACAAGACAUUCAUCAGUGUUAACAUGCUGCUGUGUAUUGGUGCUUCUGUAAUGUCAAUUCUGCCGAGGAUCCAGGAAUCUCAGCCAAGGUCUGGUUUGCUGCAGUCUUCUGUGAUCACAGUUUAUACAAUGUAUUUGACUUGGUCAGCUAUGACCAAUGAACCAGACAGGCGCUGUAACCCAAGCUUGCUGAGCAUCAUUGGUUACAACAGCACCACCAUUCCAACCCAAGGUCAGGUGGUUCAGUGGUGGGACGCGCAAGGAAUUGUAGGGCUGGUUUUGUUUCUGCUCUGUGUUCUCUACUCAAGCAUCCGCACGUCCAACAACAGCCAGGUGAACAAGCUGAUGCUGACCAGCGACGAGUCCACGCUGAUCGAGGAUGGGAUGCCCAGGAGCGACGGCUCCCUCGAUGAUGGGGAUGACGUUCCCCGGGCCGUCGAUAACGAGAGGGAUGGUGUUACUUACAGCUACUCCUUCUUCCAUUUCAUGCUUUUCCUGGCCUCACUCUAUAUCAUGAUGACACUUACCAACUGGUACAGUCCGGAUUCUUCUUACGAGACCAUGACCAGCAAGUGGCCGUCUGUCUGGGUGAAGAUAUCCUCCAGCUGGAUUGGCAUCGUGCUCUACGUGUGGACUCUGGUUGCUCCCCUGGUCCUUACAAACCGCGACUUCGACUGAGCCGCGCUGCUCUCCAGGGUGUUGUGCUCGUUCACCCCCUCUCUGAAACAAACAGUGUUCCCCGUAAUAGUGCAUUGUAAAUAGGUGUGUGUGCGCGCGCGUGUGCGUGUGCUAGCUCUCCAUGUAGUACUCCCGCUCUAUUCUGCAUGAUUACCUUUGAAUCAUGUCUUUUUGUCAAUUCACUUAACGACUUUUUCUAGCUGAGCUCGGUGACAAUUGCUACACUGAUGGUUUUCAUAGGAGAACUCCUAGACUGAGCGCUUCGGGAGCAUUAGAUGUAAGAGCAAGACCUUUUGGAAGUAGGUUUUAUUUCCCCCCCUCAAUUGCAUUAAAUAAUGGUAGGAAAAAAAGCGCAAGUGUUAAUUAGGGUAACAAACCAGUGUUAGAUCAGGCUUUGCAAGCAAAGGAGGGGCUGCCUUUGAUGAUGAUCCUGUUGCCUUGAUUCCAAAGUAAGUCUUGAGUGAGCGUUGUUAGAACUGUGCAUGUUGGAGCUCACUGGACGUCCUGCACCACCAGCCUGACUCCCCUCGGUGCUGCUGGGUCCGGGGUGUCCCAGUGCAGGCAGGAGGACAGACACCCUGGGGAAAAACAGCCUGCUAUCAAUCAGAUGCUCAGAAGCAUGUUUUUAAGGCACCUGUUUACAAUGUGCAUCUUUAUUGUGUAUUAUUAUGAUUAUUUUUUUUUUUAAAGUAGUUUAAAUGGGAUAGCUGUGCUGUAAUUUAUUGCUGUUUCGUGUGCCACUUACUUUCUUGGCUAAGCUACAGUCACGGAGUUUGCAAGGAGCCGAGUGGUGAAAACUGUGUAAGCCCCUCAGAGGAAUUCUUUGAGUUUUGUGGCUAAAAAAUAAUAAUUGAGGAAAAGGAGCACUGACAUUGCAGUGACUAAAGGAGGCUUGCAUUAACUAAAGCUUCAGUAAAAGUGUUUCUUAAAUAUAUUUGGGGCUCUAAAUUUUUGAAAUCUUUUAAUGUAUUAGGUAUUUUGCUUGUUGUCCAUUGCCAGAGGUGGACUUGAGCCUAGAAAGUCUGUAUCUAGGCACGAGGUAAGACAUGAAUCUGUUUGGUUAAAAAUACUGUAUAGUUCCUGUGCAGUUAUGAAAUCUUAAAUGCUUUUGUGCUCGCUGCUUUAUAACUGCAGUACCUGAGCUGCAUUAGUUAUCUCUGUUCCUUGCUGCAGCCUGAGAGUAGAGCAGCCUGACUGGGAGUGCCCCUGGAGCCCUCAGCAGAUGUCACACUCAUUUGUUACUGUGGUGUUUAGACCGUGACUUCCUGUUGCUAAUUAUUCUCUGAGCUUUUAUUUUAAUUCUGCACCUAAACACUGACAUUUAACUGCAGAAGUCUGACAGGUCAGUUAAACUCGAGAUGGUAAUGGAAAGAGGAUUAGUAAAGGCUUGUAAUAAUUUUGAAUAUGUUGUUACCUUAUUAAUAAAUAAAUUUGGAUGAAGAUGUC